AUGACCAGCCGAAACCUUGGGGCUGGUGCGAAGAAAGCGGUAGCGGACGAGUCAUGGAGGAAGGAAAGUGUGGAGGAUAGAUUGGAGUAUUCUCUCGUAAAGGGUAUUGACAAGUAUGCGGUAGAAGAUACAGAAGAAGCAAGGCAGAAUACAGAGAGAUAUAAAAGACCACUACAUAUCAUUGAGGGACCACUCAUGAAAGGUAUGAGCAUCGUUGGUGAUCUGUUUGGUGCUGGUAAGAUGUUCUUACCUCAGGUCAUCAAGUCAGCGAGGGUCAUGAAGAAAGCCGUGGGUCACCUCAUCCCAUUCAUGGAGAAAGAGAAGGAGGAAACCCAGAAGGCAACGGGACAAGAAGUGGCCUUCAACAAUGGCACCAUAGUCCUGGCCACUGUGAAGGGAGAUGUUCAUGACAUCGGCAAGAACAUUGUAGGUGUUGUGCUAGGCUGCAAUAACUACAGGGUCAUCGACCUGGGGGUCAUGACCCCUUGUGAGAAAAUCCUCCAGACAGCUAUUCAAGAAAAAGCUGACAUUGUCGGACUGUCUGGCCUGAUCACACCCUCGCUCGAUGAGAUGAUCCACGUUGCCAAGGAGAUGGAGAGACUAGGUUUCUCCCUCCCACUUCUCAUAGGGGGCGCCACAACAUCCAAGACGCACACAGCCGUUAAGAUUGCUCCUUGCUACUCCUCACCUACCAUCCAUGUUCUGGAUGCUUCCAAGAGUGUUGUGGUGUGCUCAUCAUUGAUUGAUGAAGAUCGGUAUGAUGACUAUGUGGAAGAAGUCAAAGAAGAAUAUGAAGAGGUCCGAGAAGAUCACUAUGAUUCCCUUAAGGAUAGGAAAUAUCUCUCUCUGUCAGAAGUCAGGAAGAGAAAGUUUGAAAUCGAUUGGAGCAACUUUGAGCCUGUUGAACCAUCUUUCAUUGGAACCAAGGUUUAUGAGGACUACGACCUGUCUCUUCUGGUUCCUUAUAUUGACUGGAAACCUUUCUUUGAUGUCUGGCAACUGAGGGGGCGCUAUCCAAAUAGAGGCUAUCCCAAAAUCUUCAAUGAUAAGUUGGUCGGCGAGGAAGCAAAGAAGGUCUAUGAUGAUGCCCAGGACAUGCUGAAGAAGGUUGUGGACCAAAAGCUGCUUCGAGCCAGCGGUAUUGUGGGUCUCUACCCUGCCAAUAGCGUAGGGGAUGACAUCCAUGUCUUCUCUGACCGUGAGACGACCAGCGGUGGCAAACCUGAUGCAGUCUUCUAUGGUCUCAGGCAACAGGCUGAGAAGGAGAGCGAACACUACACUUGUCUGUCAGACUUCAUUGCACCCCAAGAGACGGGCAUCACAGAUUACGUGGGUGGCUUUGCUGUAUCAGCGGGGUUCGGUAGAGAGGAGAUGUGCAGGCAGUUUGAGGAGGAGAUGGAUGAUUAUAGCAUCAUCAUGAUCAAGGCUCUAGCUGAUAGACUUGCAGAGGCAUUUGCUGAGGAGCUUCAUGAGAGGGUUCGUAAGGAGCUGUGGGGCUACGGUAACACUGAGAACCUAGAGGUCAAUGAACUACACAAGGUCAACUAUGAUGGCAUCCGUCCAGCCGCAGGCUACCCAUCCCAGCCAGACCAUACAGAGAAGGAGAGCAUGUGGAAGCUAAUGGACAUUGAGAGCAGCACAGGUAUUCAUCUGACCGAGUCACUGGCCAUGGACCCAGCCGCCUCUGUGUCAGGACUCUACUUCGCUCAUCCCAAGUCCUUCUACUUUGGUGUCGGCAAGAUUGCAAAAGACCAGGUUGAGGACUAUGCAGCUAGGAAGCAGAUGGAAGUGAAAGACGUAGAGAAGUGGCUCCGACCGAACCUGUCCUACGACUGUUGACGACAUCAGUACUCUCUACAAGGUUUAUUCAUUAAAGUCUACUAACCACAUGGGUAUAUAAAUUGGAGAGGCUCUUUAUUGCCAUGUUCAUGCCUGUCACUCGUCUGUAAAUUAGCAAUGUUGUUGGUAUCGUCGCAUAUACUGACGCUAAUGGGAGAUAUUAUUAAAGGGUACUACAAAAUAAUUGUAUUAUAUUGACUUGGCUCGAGGGGUACAUAAGAAAUAUUGACCAAGCUAAGAU